AUGACGACCGAAUCCGCCGCUUCCGAUCCCGCGACCAGGGUCAAAUCCCACGCCUCGACCGUUUCCGACGUCGGGUACCCUCACGGCCAUCUGGGCCAUCUCAGCGAGCACGAAGAGGCGCAGUUGGCAGCCUUCAAGACGCUGCUGGAGGAGAAGGGUCUGUACAAGCCCGGCCCGCCAGCGUCCCACGACGACCCGACUUUGCUCCGAUACCUGCGCGCGCGAAGAUGGGUCCCCGCGGACGCCCUCACGCAGUUCAAGGACACGGAGGAAUGGCGCGCCGCCAACGACAUCGACGUCCUCUACCAGACCAUCGAGCUCGACGCCUUUGAGCAGAGCCGCAGGCUGUACCCGCAAUGGCUCGGCCGUCGCGACAAGCGCGGCAUCCCCGUCUACCUGUUCGAGGUCAAGACGCUCGACAACAAGACCAUUUCCAACUACGAAAAGCUGGGCAAGGACUCGAGCUUCAGCAAGGCCAAGUUCGACGGCAAGACCCCGGCCGGUAUGCUGCGCCUGUUUGCGCUGUACGAGAACCUGACGCGCUUCAACCAGCCCUUCUCCACGCAGCUGCAGGACCGCGAGUACAGGGAGGCGCCGAUCACGCUGAGCACAAACAUUGUUGACAUCUCGGGGGUCAGCUUGAAGCAGUUUUGGAACCUCAAAGGGCACAUGCAGGCCGCCAGCCAGCUUGCGACGGCGCAUUACCCCGAGACGCUUGACCGCAUCUUCAUCAUCGGCGCGCCAGUCUUCUUCUCCACCGUCUGGGGCUGGGUCAAGCGCUGGUUCGACCCCAUCACCGUGUCCAAGAUCUUCAUCCUCAGCCCUCACGAGGUGCGCCCGACGCUCGAACAGUUCAUCGAGCCGCGCAACAUCCCGAAGCAGUACGGCGGCGAGCUCGAGUUCAACUUUGGCGACCAGCCGACCGUCGACCCGGCGUGGGAGGGCGUCGUGCAGUGGGAGAACGGCCACAGCUCCUUCAAGUCGCGGCCCGCCGUCUGGCGCGAGACCGAGGACGGCACGCGUGUGGAGUGCAUUGGCAUCGGCAGUGUCAACGGCGUGGAGCAGAAGGAGCUCAUUUGCUCCGUCCCCAAGACCUGGCCCCCAAAGCCGAGCGCACCCACGGCCGAGCCGACGCCUGCUGCCACGCCUGCGACCAAGGAGGGUAGCGUGACGGAGGGGACCCAGACGGAGCCGGUCAAGGUUGCCGAGGCGCCGGAGCCGGAGCUACAAAAGCUGUCCCUCUCCGAUACCAAGGAGAUUGCAGAGAAGCACACCGAGGGCAGCACGGCCUCGCCCCCGACGGGCAUGGCAUAA